UUGCUACUUUCAGUGAUCUGUCUGCCAGAAGUGUCCACAUAUCGGGUCAAGAAAGCUUCGCCACAAACACUUAGUCGAAUUAAACAACUGAUCAACGAACAAAUUCAUAAUGAAAAUGAGAAACCUGGAGCUCUGCUACAGUCAGAUGCAGUUAUUUUUGGAAGAAAAGAUCCAAACAGUCAUCGUCACUUGGACGAAUUGUCUGUUAACGAUCCGGAUCAGUAUUUUCAGGGAGAUGUUGAUUUGUCCGAAAAGCAAGCACAACUUUUGAAUGAUGAGUUAGAAACAUUGGUCACUGAAAAUGAAUUAAAUCAUCAUGUUGAAAAUGUCAGAAGGAAAAGAAAAAUUGGUCGAGAACCUCUUUACAAUCGCUGGGAUCGUAAUCAUCCAAUAAGCUAUGAAUUUGAUCGAUCAAUUCCGUAUGCAACCAAGGAAAAAAUUAGAGAUGCAAUUAGCCUUUGGGAGCAGAAUACCUGUAUCAGAUUUAAAGAAAAUGGGCCUAGUGUAGAUCGAAUUGAAUUUUAUAACGGAGGCGGUUGCUCAAGUUUUGGAGUCUCAAUUGCAACGCCUGGUUGUGAUAAUGUUGGGAUAAUUUCGCAUGAGAUUGGCCAUGCUCUUGGGAUUUUUCAUGAACAAGCACGCCCUGAUCAAGGUGCUAAUAUAUAUGUCAACUACCAAAACAUUCCAAUUAGUCGAUGGAAUAACUUCCAGCCAGUUUCCUCUACACAAGCCGAAACAUACGAUUUACCCUAUGAUGCAGUCAACUAUUUAAAGCAUGACGUUUGGUUGACAGAGUUCACUUGCAGUUGUUUUGAAAGUUUAUUCAGUGAAUACAACCUGUACCCUUAUGCAGGAUCAGUGAUGCAUUAUGGACCAUAUGGAUUUGCAUCCGACCCGUAUGUUGCUACAAUUAUCACCAGGGACAAAUCUCUUCAGUCAACAAUUGGACAACGAGAAGGUCCAUCAUUUCUGGAUUUUCAAGCUAUCAAUAAAGCAUACCGUUGUAACGAGCACUGCCCUUCCUCGGCAUGUCUUCAUGGUGGUUAUCCAAAUCCAAAUAACUGUUCGCAAUGUACCUGUCCAAAAGGUUUUGCCGGCGACUCGUGUGAACUUCUGCAGUAUUCAUCGUGUGGUGAAAUGAUCGAAGUACGUUUCAAAAUUUUGAAUUUUUAUCAUUGCGCUUCAAUUGCUUACGUUUCUCUUAAGCCUACGCUCAUUUCAAGUCCAAACUAUCCAGGCUACUACCCGCAUAAUUCUGAGUGUAUAUGGUUGUUUAAGGCACCUGAAGGUGGUAGAGUCUAUUUUGAAUUUACAGAGACGUUUGAAUUAUUCUGCGAAGAUACUUGUGACAAAGCUUAUGUGGAACUAAAAGUUAACGAAGAUUUUCGUAAAACGGGAUACAGGUUCUGCUGCCCUAAGGUUCCCGAAAAAGUUUUUGAAUCAAAAACUAAUGAAAUAAUUGUAAUUUUUCGUGCUAACCAGUAUAUGGCGAGAGGAUUCCAAGCGAGAAUAUGGACAGACAAAAUAACCCCAGAUGAGGUUACAAUAAUUAGUAAUAGCUGUUCUUCUGGUGAGAACUGCAUAUGUGACGAAUGGGGUGAAUGGACAUCGAGUUGCACUCAACAAUGCGGCGGUUGUGGAAGGCGUACCAGAAUAAGAUCAUGCAGCUCUAAAGAUUGUCGUGCGGAGGAAAAACGUGCCUGCAAUUUUAAAGCAUGCCCACCUGGCAUUAACUUUUUGAUUAACAACGGAGAAUUUCAUAUAUUGUGGAAGGGUUGUUGUGUCGGUUUGUUCCGUUCUGGAAUGGAAUGUUCUUCGUUGGAGGACGAAGAGAAUCCACUGUUAACACUUUUGAAUGCCUUUCUUAUACCGCAGGAUGAGAAACGGAAUCAAACUCCGACACAUGAACGAUCUGAACGGUUGUCAAAACAGGAUUCAACAACGUUACCUGCAAAUACGUUUGUGAAGAAUUUUCUGCAAGAUCUGCACAAAAUGCAGCUUAAUGAAACAUCACAAAAUGCAGGGAAAUUUUCUGUAGAUCGUUGA